CCGAGCCGCCCAGUCACCGAGCCGCCCGCUGAGGGCGGAGCGAGCACCGGAUAACUGGGACCCGGGUCUGAUCGCGCAGUUCUCACGGCCUGGUCUGGGGCGGACCCAGGAGGGGAAUCCCCCAGCCGCGAUCCCCAUGGGUCUGUGUUUUCCCUGUCCCACGGAGGCCGCGCCUCCUUCGCCGGACCUGGAAGAAAAAAGAGCAAAGCUUGCAGAGGCUGCAGAAAGAAGACAGAAGGAGGCUGCAUCUCGGGGCAUUCUGAAUGUUCAGUCUGUGGAAGAAAAGAGAAAGAAAAAGGAAAAAAUAGAAAAAGAAAUGGCUACAUCUGGGCCCCCACCAGAAGGUGGCCUUAGGUGGACAGUUUCAUAAAGCAUAACAUGAGUGAAAGAGUCUACUGCCAAUAACUAAUAUCUGCAAUCAAGCGGACAUCCUCAAUUUAAUUUCUUCUCUUUGAAUAAAUGAAGAUUUAGACGUCGUAAUUUUAGUGCUCUUAAAUGCAGUGCUUUUUCAAAAUUGAAUAUUGAAAAUGCUUUUGAUUGUUAGACUUAGGAAAUGGCCAGACCUUUCAUUAAAUACUUAUUUUCCCUA